GAGACCUAGCACAACCCAGCGGACUGGUCGGGUCCCCACAGGGCUCGAGGAAGCCAGAGCCUCGGACACACCGUCGCGAGCGGCAUAGGUCCCAGCAGCUGCAGUUCUCCCUUAGUCCUUGAGCCGCCAUGUCCAACCCCACUGCCCCCCCUCCGUAUGAGGACCGAAACCCCCUAUACCCUGGCCCCCCACCCCCUGGUGGCUAUGGGCAGCCCUCUGUGCUGCCAGGUGGGUACCCUGCCUACCCUGCCUACCCACAGCCUGGCUAUGGUCACCCUGCUGGCUACCCACAGCCUAUGCCUCCCAUCCACCCGAUGCCCAUGAACUAUGGCCCAGGCCAGGGCUAUGAUGGGGAAGAGAGAGCAGCAAGUGACAGCUUUGGGCCCGGAGAGUGGGAUGACCGGAAAGUCCGACAUACCUUCAUCCGCAAGGUGUACAGCAUCAUCUCUGCCCAGCUGCUCGUCACAGUGGCCAUCAUUGCUGUCUUCACCUUCGUGGAGCCAGUUGGCCAAUUUGUGAGGAGAAAUGCAGCUGUGUACUACGUGUCCUAUGUUGUCUUCCUUGUCACCUAUCUGACCCUUGUCUGCUGCCAGGGACCCAGACGCCGGUUCCCAUGGAACAUCAUCCUGCUGAGCAUCUUCACGCUGGCCAUGGGCUUCAUGACAGGCACCAUUUCCAGUAUGCAUCAAACCAAAGCUGUCAUCAUCGCAAUGAUCAUCACUGCUGUGGUGUCCAUUUCCGUCACCAUCUUCUGCUUUCAGACCAAGGUGGACUUUACCUCAUGUACAGGCCUCUUCUGUGUCCUGGGAAUCGUGCUGAUGGUGACUGGGAUUGUCACUAGCAUUGUGCUGUACUUCAAAUAUAUUUACUGGCUUCACAUGGUCUAUGCUGCUAUUGGGGCCAUUUGUUUCACUCUGUUCCUGGCUUACGACACACAGCUGGUGUUGGGGAACAGAAAGCACACCAUCAGCCCCGAGGACUACAUCACAGGUGCCCUGCAGAUCUACACAGACAUUGUCUAUAUCUUCACCUUUGUGCUGCAGUUGGUGGGGGAUCGCAACUGAGGACCACUCCUGUUCUACCCACCCUGGGUUCUCCCUUCUCUAGAGGGCUGGACCUGACACCCCUUUUUUUCCCUUAAGUAAUAUGCCCACUUUCCUUCAGUUGUGAGGACAGGUGGGCUCUCGUGGUUGUAUGGGAACCUGACAGACUGGAGAAGCGAACUUCUGCCAUGUGGGCCUGAUUGAGAUUAGCCUAAAGGCAUAUAUUCUCCCCUCCACCCAUGUCGUGCCACCAAAGUCUGGCAGUAUAGUAUGUGAAAGGAGCCCAGAGGGAAUGUGAAUGGCAGAAGGGCUUCAACGGGGAAGCGCUUCCCUUCCCAGUUUGCCACGGGCUUCUAGGUUAGGCAGCUAGAGCCGUUUUCCUCCUGAACCCAGAUGGCUUGUCCCCAGUUCCUGGACUCAGAGGCCAUUAUGCUAUAUUCCUUCACCUUUUAACCAGGAAGGAGAAGAGGUCCCUGCUUAACCCCAUUUGUUUCAGUAACAUAUGUAUAUGCUGUUUAUCUGGCUCUGGGUGGGGGAGGAAAAAUGAGCACAUAAAGUACAGAGCCAGCAGAGCACCUCCCCUGGGCUUCUUGCAAGCUUGGAUGGUGCAGAGUAGGCCACCGUAGCUGCUUGGCCCAUUCUCCAAAGCUGCUUGUGGCCUCCCCUGAGGCUUCUGAUUGCUGGUCAGCAGCUCUUGCUUUCUCUGCUUAGGUGCUCUGAGCAAAGUGAGGGGCAAUGGUUGGGAAAUGGGGUGGUUUGGAGGCUCGUUGAGUGUGGUGGAAAGGAGCAAGCUUGAGAUGGGGGCUGGGGCAGAGAAAAAGCCUGAGGUCCCACAAAUGACCUGAAAAAUACUGACAUCCAAGAAAACUUGUGUGUCCUUUCCCUCUGGCAGCCCAGGAAGGGCUCUGCACAGGUGAUGCUGAGUCUGGUCUGAACUCAAGGCUGGAGGAGUUUUCAACUUCAGCCCUCUCUCUCCAGCCAGCUACUGCCUUCUUUGUAAUACAAGUGCCUCACGCUGAAGUCGGGGAGGGGACAGGGUCAGUGUAUUGGAUGUGGGUGGAAACUACAUCAGCCCAAGGUGUAAUUAUGACUUCUCUAUUAAGUACUUGACCCUAAAUAUAUUACACAAAGGGACAUAACUAGUAAUGUAAUAAAAUUUUAUGUUUAGAAGUUCA